ACCUUCAUUGAUUUCUCUCCACGCGCCCACAGGCCUCUGCACAGUAGUUACUAAAUUAGGUUAAAUUCCAAAAGUAGAAAUAAAUAUAUAAAACAACAGAGACAAGGCUCAUUUUUAAUUAUUUUACUCCACCUCCAAUCCAAGGCUCCUGGGGCUUAGAGCGAUGGCUUCUCUCACUCCUGAGUCCAGUGGUGAAAUCAAGAUGUGUUCUUUCAAAUACUAAAUAUGACAUGGUCCUGCUGUUUGCGAGUUGCGACUGGUUCACUUAUAAAACCUGAUGGAGAGCAGGAUAAGGCCUUUGGUGCUUUGGUUUCUAAAGUGGAGAAACUGAUAAAUCUGGUGCUAGAUGCUAGAUUAUCUUCUAUAAAAGAGAGGAUUGAAAGGAACCGAAAGAAUUUGGAGGUUCAUACCUUCCAACUUCAAGCAUUAGCGACACUAAAGAAAGAUGAUUGCUCAAGGGAGCACAUGGAAGCCAUAAAUAUGCUUUCAAUAAGAAGUGAAAGUGCACUUUGCCAGGUCGGAGCAUCUGACAUAGUCCUUGGGGAUAGAGAUAAUGUUAAUAGUCAAGAAGAAGAAUCAUCAUCAGUAAUAAUAUUUGGAAAUAGUAGUUCUGGAAAGAGUAUUAUUCGCCCCAUCAGGAUCCCCUACAUUGAAAAGCUUCCUCCAUAUACAUCAUGGAUUUAUUUGGAAAGAAAUCAAAGAAUGGCUGAAGAUCAAUCUGUUGUUGGGCGAAGACGUAUUUAUUAUGACGCGUGUGGUAGUGAAGCAUUAAUAUGUAGUGAUAGUGAGGAAGAGUUUGCAGAACGGGAAGAAGAGAAGCAUGAGUUCUCUGAAGGUGAAGAUCGAAUUUUGUGGAAUGCUAUUCAAGGGUAUGGGCUAAAGGAUGAGGUCUUGAAUACUCUCUCUCAGUUCAUUGAUGCGAGCUCCUUUGAAAUAAAGGCAAGAUAUGAAACACUUGUGGAGCAAUAUGAGUACAAAUACUCCAAAAAAGAUGGAGUUAAAGAUAAAACAGAUUCCGAGUGGAGCAUUCAUCUGAACAGGAGCCUCAGUGCUACAUUGGAUUCUUUCGACAAUCUCUUUUGUCGUCGUUGCUUGGUCUUUGACUGUCGUUUGCAUGGCUGUUCCCAUGGACUUAUAACACCUAUCGAUAAGCAGGCACCCUGGUCUGAUGCUGAAGAGAGUGGUGUUCCAUGCAGCAAUAAUUGCUAUCUUGUGGAAAAGGAGCAUGUGCAAGACAACUCUCUUGAGGGAUUCAACAAGAGCAAACCUGGAUUGAAUUUUGAGAAAGAAACUACUCCCGUCUCCUCUUCAAAUGAAGAGUCAAUUGCCGAUACAGAUUACAGAAGCAUUACAGGUAAGAAGAAGGCAGGCUUAAAGAAAGGAGCGAUGCCAAUGGAUCGCCACAAUCCAUCUGCAAAAGAUAUACUUGACCCUGUUAGUAAAAGACAGAAGAUAAUGGUUGCUUCGGACGUAGUUUCAGUGGGAAGGGAAGCUUUGAUGGUGGGCGAUCAUGGAAAAGGGAAGACUUCUUUUGAAGCAAUGAAUGCGAAUCCUACACAGAAGGAGAACAUGGAGGGUACCCCUGAUUGCCAGGAGAGUUCCUUUGGAGAUGAAACCAUUUUGCUUCCUGAGAAGCCCAAAACUUAUUUAACGAGACAAUCCCGUAGUUGUCAUGAAAGUCAUGAAUGGAGUCGUAUGGAGAAGGAUCUAUACACAAAAGGAUUAGAGAUAUUUGGAAAAAAUAGCUGCCUUAUAGCAAGGAACUUACUUUCUGGUUUAAAGACAUGCAAAGAAGUUGCAGAUUACAUGCUUGACGAUGAGGCUGCCAUGCAUCCCAAGUUCUCUUCUGUCCCUAAUUCUUCCUCAGAUGAAAACGGGAAGCCUGAUGCUGAUAUUAUGGAACAGGAUAUGCCGGCAAGACCAAGAAUAUUGCGCAGAAGAAGCCGAGCACGGAAGUUAAAAUAUACAUGGAAAUCUGCUGGCCAUCCAUCAAUUCGUAAAAGAAUGGCUGAUGGGAAGCAGCAAUCAUGUAAGCAGUACACACCAUGUGGAUGCGAUCUCAUAUGUGGGAAGGAGUGCCCUUGUAUGAACAAUGGAACUUGUUGUGAGAAGUAUUGUGGGUGCCCAAAGAUCUGCAAAAAUAGGUUUAGAGGCUGCCAUUGUGCCAAGAGUCAAUGUCGCAGCAGGCAGUGCCCCUGUUUUGCUGCUGGCCGUGAAUGUGAUCCAGAUGUCUGCAGAAAUUGUUGGGUUAGCUGUGGAGAUGGCACAUUGGGUGGACCACCACUGAGGGGUGACAAUUAUAAUUGUGGGAACAUGAAGCUCCUCCUUAAGCAACAGCAGAGAAUCCUAUUGGGCAAGUCUGAUGUCGCAGGUUGGGGAGCCUUCUUGAAGAAUCCUGUUAAUAGAAAUGACUACCUUGGAGAGUACACCGGUGAGUUAAUCUCCCAUAGAGAAGCAGAUAAGCGAGGAAAAAUUUAUGACCGUGCAAACUCUUCCUUUCUUUUUAACUUGAAUGACCAGUUUGUUCUUGAUGCUUUUCGAAAAGGCGACAAGCUUAAAUUUGCAAAUCAUUCGUCUAAUCCCAACUGCUAUGCAAAGGUAAUGAUGGUAGCUGGAGAUCACCGAGUUGGUAUAUAUGCAAAAGAGCACAUUGAAGCAAGUGAGGAGCUAUUUUACGAUUACCGUUAUGAACCCGAUCGAGCUCCCAUAUGGGCCAGGAGGCCUGAAGGUUCCACUUCAAAGCGGGAUGAUACAUCUCUCUCCUUUGGUCGAGCUCCAAAAAUUGCAUGAUUGUAUCUACAAUUGCAGACGGUUGGUGAUACAUGAGAAAUGCUCAUGAUCGGAGGGCCAGAAUUCACUCACAAUUGGAGUUCUACAUGGUAUUUAGACACUAUGGAAAGCCAAACUUUUUCCCGGUGGUUGGAUUUCAAGCUUGCUUGGCCUUGAUCUAAUAUCAAGAAGCACUUGGAUGGGAAAGCCCGAAGCAGGUUGCAGAGUAAUAAUGAUCUAUAUUGGAGAAGAUGAUUUGUUUCUAAAUUCAAUUUGAUUUGGGAAAGUAACUGUAUAGUUGUUUAUGCUCUUGGAUAAUAAGCUGUGUUGUCGGCUGUUAUUUUGUAUAAUGUCCAAGCAAUUGCCUAUUUUGCAUAAGAGUAAUGAUGGACCUUGAUAAAUAUUAUAGUAAAAA